AGGUGUCGCUAUGGAAACCGCGGAAAGUUGUUUUGGGCCGUGUCACGUGACGGUGGGUGUCCGGGUGAAAGGUGAGGCUCCCGGUUUGAAUAUGCCAACACCGGCAGCGGAUUUUUCACGUUAAACGUUUAAAAGUCCCGACGUGUCUGUUUGUGACACAAGCGCGCGCAACAUCUACAGCAUGGAGUGUGGUCUGAUUGGCUGGCAGCAGCAGAAGGCGGAGCUUGAGCAGGAAGUGUGUCAUCUGCAGGAGAAGCUGGCGGAGAGUCGAGCAGAGAGAGAGGAACUGGAGUCCAGGAAUCGAGCUCUGAAUGACAGGGUGAGGAGGAUGAGGUCAUGUGAUCAUCAGCAGAAAUCAAACCUUUACAUCUCUCUCUCUCCCCAGCUGAUUCAGACGGUGUCUCCCUCACUUGGCCUUUCUCUCUGUGAGGAGGAGGAGCAGAGGCGGUGUAGGAGGAGGCUCAGGGAGGGCAGGGAGAGGGAGGCCCGACAGGCGCUGCUGAUCCACCGCCUGCAGAGCAAGGUGAUGGAGUACCAGGACCGGUGUCGCCGUCUGGACCUGCAGCUGCUGGAUCAAGUCACUGAGCAGAGGCUCAGAGAUGAACACAGCCACACACUGGAGAGCGCCCUCAUCAGGCUGGAGGAGGAACAGCAGAGGUCCAUCAGUCUGGCUGACACCAACACACGGCUCUGCGAGCAGCUCAGCCAAUCAGAGCAGGCCAACCAGGCCCUGAGAGAAGACCUCCAGAAGCUAACAGCUGAUUGGACGAGAGCUGUGGAGGAGGCAGAGCAGAGAGAUGCUGACUGGCAGAGAGAGGAGGAGUGUCGGUCGAGUCAUGUGGGUCAUCACCAGGACCAGUUGCUGUCGGUCUGGAGGUUCGUGGUCGGCCUGAGACGCCACUGUCAGCUGGUGAAAACAGCUGUCGACAGGGAUCUGUGGCAGCUGAGGGCGGAGUUUGCUCGUCUCUCCUUGUCACUUCUCUCCAGCUGUGACUCCAUCUCCUCCUCCCUGAGACUCGGCGCUCCUCACAACAACCCCUUCUCCUCCUCUGUUCCUCCUCUUCUCUCUGACAACCCUCAUCACUCCUCCUCGCCUCUGUGCUCAACACUGGUCCUCCUUCCCCCACAAUCCUCUCUUCCUCCUCUCAUCACUCCCUCCACACUGGGAACCUUCUCCAUAGGAGAGCUGGAGCUCAAAGAAAAGGAGGAGGAGGAGGUGACGGAGGGAGAGAUGUCAGAGUUGAAGCUCCGCCAUGAGUCUGAGGUGUUGGCGCUACAGGAGAGGAUUGUGGAGCUCACUCGCUCCCUGCAGGCAGUGGAAAGUCAGAGCGUGGAGAGACAGAGAGAGGUAGAGAGACAUAGAGAAACAGAGAGAAGUCUUCAGUCCAUCAGCCACGCUGUGAUCCGACUGUCCAGAGUCCUCGGCAGUGGUCAGUCUCCCAGCAUCUCCUCAGACGGCGUCCUUGGUCUGGACCUGUCCUCCUUGCUGUCUGUCCUGUCUCAGGGGGAAAGUGUCCUGCAGUGGAGUCAUGAAAAGCUGCAGGGGGCGGAGCUAAACCUGCAGCGGCUCAAUGAGGAGAGGACGUCUCUGCAGCUGAGACUGAAACAUCUGGAAGACGACAACCAGCAACAGCUCCAACACACACAGCAGGAGCUGAGACGCACCCUGGAUAUUCUGAGCAGAGAGAAGGAGGUGUCGUCCUCCCUCCGUCUGCAGGUGGAGGAGGUGCAGAGGAGGGAGGAGGAGGUGAUAAGAGAGAACGACAGACUGAGGAGGGAGAGAGACAGACAGGAGGAGAGACUGACAGCAAGGAGCCAACAGCUGGAGGCAGAAACACACAGACGGGUGGAGACGGAGCUGCUGGAGAACAUUCAGCUGACGGAGAGAGAAUCCACGUUCAGAGUCCAGAUCCACAAUCUGAAGGGGGCGGUGGAGCGAGAGCAGCUGGACAAACGGAGAGCAGAAGAAGAAGCAGCGAGCGUUCAAGACGCCCUGCAGAAGUCCAGGGACAUCGUGCUGCGUCUGUCCACUGCUGAUGGUGUGCUGAGGAGGGAGCUGGAGGAGGCACGGGAUGCUCUGGAGAAGAUGUCCUCCCUGAACUCAGUUCUGGUCUCAGAUAAGACGGACCUGAACCAGCAGCUACUGCAGCUGGAGACUGAGCUGUCAGACAGCCAAUCACAGCUGCAGGCUGUGAGGUCAGAGAACAGCUGUCUGCACAGAGACAUCACAACUCUGAAGACCGACUGCAGUCUGCUCAGAGCUCAGACGGAGGCGGAUGCUGACCUCCUCUGCCAGCUGAGAGAAGAACGGAGAGCUCUGGAGGGAAAGGUGGAGGAGAAGCAGAGGGAGCUGGAUUCUGUAGAGGAGGAGGUGCAGAGAGCCAGAGUGCAGCUGGUGGAGAUGACCUCCCAGUAUGUGUCGGUGGGCGAGGAGAUGAAGGAGGUUCAGGAGCAGCUACGACAGCUGGAGGAGGAGGUGAAGAGGAGGGACAGACAGCAGGAGGAGCAGCAGAGGGAGAGCAGCAGGCUGCAGGAGAAGCAGGGGAGUCUGCAGAGGCACAAGGAGCAGCUGGAGGAGGAGCUGGAGGAGCUCAGGUCUCUCUCGGUGUCUCUCCACCUUCAGCUCAGUCAGCACCAGAAGCAGCUGUCCCUGUCAGAGGUGGAGAAGUGUCAGCUGAACACACACAUCCAGACGCUGCAGCAGGCCAAACACACCUUCCAAGGAGAGCUGGAGUGUCUGAGAGGAGAACUCCAGCGAGAGGAGGCCAGGAGAAAGGAGGAGAAGGAGAGGAGGGAGAGCACCCAGGAGGAGAGGAGUCUGCUGCAAGAGGUGAUCCAGAGGCUGACGGGGGAGGCAGAGGACCUGAGGAAGAGGAGGUCAGAGGAGGAAGAGGAGAGGAAGGAGGAGAAAGAAGCCUGGCAGAGAGAAAGAGGAGCUCUGAGUGAGGAGCUUGGAACCAAGGAUGGAGAGCUGGAGGCCCUAAGGAGGAGAAUCCAUGGACUGGUGGAGGAGAAGGAGGAGUGGCAGAUAGAGGUGGAGAGGCUAAGGGAGGAGGUGACAGAGAGGGAGACGCAACUCAGCCAGAUGAUGGAGAGAAUCCAGCAAGCAGAGAUGGAGAAGGAGAAACUACAAGAGGAGAUAAAGAGGACUGAGGCCAGGCUGCAAGAGGAGGAGGUGAAGAAGAGGGAGGUAGAGCGGCAGAGGGAAGGAGAAAUGGAGGCGCUCUGUGACCGGAUUGAGAAACUGGAAAGAGAAAAGGAUGAAAUGGAGAAGGAGGUGCACCAACUGAGGAGCAAAGCAGAGGAGGAGGAGGAGAUGCAGAGAGCAAAUGAGGAGGAGGUGGAGAAGGAGAUUAAGAGACUAAGAACAGAAAUCUCUUCUUUACAGCAGGACAGAGAGGAGGAGAGAAGAUGGAAGGAGAAACUGCACAAGGAGAAAGAGGAGGUGAUGGAGGGACUGAAGGAGAAAGGGAGGGAAGUGGAGGUGCUGAGGGUGAAGCUGAACGUGGCCCAGGAGGAGUGUAAGGAGGUGAAAGAGGAGGUGGAUCGCAGGGAGCGCAGCCUGGAGCGACAGAUAAGUGCAGUGAGGGAGAGGGAGGAGGAGGUUGAGGAGCUGAAAGAGCGCCUGAGGCUGGCAGAGGAGCGGGAGAGGGAAGGACAGAAGGAGCAUCAGGACUUGUUAGAAAAAUUGAUGCUGAAGGAGGCGAGGGAGGAGCAGCUAGAGGAGCUGCUGAGAGAAGUCCAGGCGCUCCUGGAGACAGAGAGGAGGGAGGCAGGAGAAAAAGACGCCAUGAUCUCCUCCCAGAGCAGAGACCUUCAGGAGGCGCGGGCCGAGAGCAGGGAGGCGAAGAGGAGAGCCAGAGAGAGGGAGGAGGCCCAGGACAGGCUGCAGGAGGAGGUGAGGGAGGGGCAGAAAAAAGCUGUGCAGCAGGUGAAGGAGGUGGCAAAGCUCAAUCAGAUCCUUAAGGAGCAGGAGAAGGAGGUCCAGCAGCUGAGGGCCAUGAUGGAGGAGAUGGAGGAGGCAGGGAGAGAGAGGGAGGCUCUGAGUCGAGCUAAGGAGGAAAAGAGGAGUAGACUGGAUAAGAAGCUGAAGGAGUUGGAGGAUGAGAAAAUUAAACUAGAGGAGAAAGUAUGGGAGGUGAAGGAUGAGCAGGAGAAUGAGAGAGAAUUGCUGGGGAGGGCCAGGGAGGAGGUGCAGAAGUUGGAGAAUAGACUGGAAGAAAUGGAGAAGGAGGUGAAGGAGUACAAAGAUGAGAUGAGGAGGACUCUGGAGGAGAAAAGGAGGCUAGAAAGCAAACUGAAGGAGACACAGGAGGAGUUGAAAGAAGUAAGGGAGGAAAAGAGGAGGCAGGAGGAUGAAAUUAAGGAGGUGAAGGAGGAGCAAAGGAGGCUGAUGGAGACUGUAAGAGAUGAGCAGCUCCUGGAGGAGGAGAGAGGGAGGUCCAGAGUGAGAGAGCUGGAGGAGGAGAAGGCAGACCUGUUGGUAAAAGUGAGAAAAAUGGAGGAGGUGGUGCAGAGGGAGAGGGAGGAGUUAUCUGUUCUCAGAGAGGAGGUCAGAAAGCAGCAAAGAGAGAGGGAAGAAAAGCAGUGGAGAUCUGAGAAGGAGGUGGAAGCUCUCCGAGAGGAGGUGAAGAGAAAGCAAAGAGAGAAGGAUGAGGUGCAGGAAGAAAUGGCAGCCUUGAAGGAGGAGGUGCAGCAGGAGCGUAGAAAGAGGGAGGAGGAUCAGAGAUCGGCAGAGCUGACAAGCAGCAAUAAAGCUCUUGAGGAGAAGCAGCAGAUGGAGGAGGUGCAGGAGGAGCUGUGGAAAAGCAAGAAGGAGGUUUUACUAAUGAAAGAAGAGCUUUUAAAGGAGCAAAGGGAAAAGAAGGAGGUGCAGGAGGAGCUGGUGAAGAGGAGAAAGGAGGUUAGAUCUCUUAGAGAAGAGAUGGAGGAGCAGGUGAAGGAGGAGCUGAGGACCAACAAUGAGUUGGCAGCUAUCAAAGAGGAGGUGCAGAGGGAGCAAAAGAAGAAGGAACAGUUAAAAGAGGAGUUUUUGAUGGCGGAGAAGGAGGUGGCCACUCUGAGACAGGAGGUGCAGAAGGUGCUGAGGAAGAGUGAGAUGGAGGUGUCUGUUCUUAAAGAGGAGAUCCAGAAAGAUCAAAAAGAGAAGGAGGAGUCAAAAGAAGAUCUAAAGAAGAAAAAAGAAGAAGUAAAUAUCCUUGAGGAGGAGUUAAAGAAGGAGUACAGGAGGAGGGAGGAGGUUCAGGAGGAGCUGAGAGAAGUCCAGCAGAGUGUGGAGGAGAACCUAAGCUCCCUCCAGAAGCAGGUGUGUGACCUGAACGCUAGCAGAGAGCGAGUAAGACAGGAGGAGAAGGAGGAAGAAAAGGAGCAGAUGAAGGAGGGGCUGAGGAAGGCACUGGAGGAGAUAACCAAGCUGAAGGUGCUCCUGCAGGUGAGCCAUGCAGAAGGAGAGCGUCUGAGGAGCACACUGCAGGAGAAGAAGGACGAGCUCGAGAGGAUCAGAGAGGAGAACCUGCAGGUGGAGGAAAAGCAAGGAGAGGUAGAGGAGCUGAGAGCCAGAGUCAAGGCUCUGGAGAGGAGGAAAAAGAAGGUGGUGGAGGACUUGGAGGAAGCAGAAAAGAGGAGGAUGGUGGCUGAGGAGAGCUGGAGGAGCAGAGUGGGGGAGGUGGAGAAGGAGGGGGAGGAGAAGUUGAAGAGUCUGCACGCAGACAUACAGACAUUGAAAAGGAGACAGGAGGAGGUGGAGGAGGAAUGGAAGUCCAGAGUGGAGGACAAGGAGAAAGAGCUACAGGAGGUGAAGCAGGUGAUGGAAGAGAGAGAAGAGACUGACAGAAAGAGGAGGAAAGGUCAGAGACAAAAAGGAGAGGUAGGUCUGUCUGUUUUUCCUGAGGAGGAGCAGCAGGAGGAAGAUGAGGAGGAGGAGCAGGAGAAGGAGGAGAUGAGGAGGCUUCUCAUGCAGAGUAAAAUUCAGGUCUACACUCUGACUGUAAGGACCGAGGAGCUGCAGAGGGACCGGGACCGGGUCCGAUUGGCCCUGGAGAGGACAGAGGCUGCUGUGAUUGGCCACCGGGACAAAGCCCAUCAAGAGGGGCAGGGCCAGCGAGUUGAGUCUAACCAAGACCAGGGUGUAUGUGACAGACUGGAGGUUCUGCAGCAUCUGGUGGCCAAACUGGAGCUGGUCCAGAAACGACUGAAUAAAAAGAACUCUCAGCUGGAGAACCAGAGAGACAGACUGAGGAGAGAAAGGGAUGCUCUGAGAGACACGCUGAGACAGGUGGAGGAGGAGCGUUGUCGGCUCCGACAGGAGUCUUCAAACACCACAGAAGAAGAACGUUUGCAGAGCAGAGUGAGAGAGCUGGAGGAUGAGGUGAGUCAGCUCCGUCUCUCAUUGGUUGCGGACCAGCAACAGAAGGCAGAGUUUAUCCAGCAGUCGUCCAGAAACAGCCAAUGGCUGCUCUCCCUGAGACACAACCUCAACGAUUCGCUGGCGGCAGUCACACGGCUUCCGGUUCCGUCUGUCCUGGAGUCAGAGACACAGAGAUUGGACCGCAGCCUGAGGGAGGAGGAGCUUAGGCUGUCUUUCAGCCAGUCCACAUGACCCAGAACUGUACCGACCGGAAACCAGAAUAAAGUUCAGAAGACAACCAAAUCAGAGCCUUUCCUGUGACUCUCACCUGUUCACGACUAACAUGAACAACUCUGUUCUCUGGUUGGAACGGCUUCUGAUUGGUCAACAGAGUCACAUGAUCAUGUCUGAGGUCAGAACCUUACCCGGUGUCCCCACAGCUGAUGACUGUUCCUGAUCUGAAUACCCUGAGGCCCAAAAGAGGUUCCAAUCCAGAACUGAUCUGGUUCUGAUCUGGUUGUUACUGAGUCUGGAUCUUGUUCAUAGCCUGUUUACCUCUAAAGUUACUGAAACAUGAAUUCAGUUCUACUAGAACCGGACUGGUUAUGAUCCAGUUUAUCCACAUUAAUCUAAUGGAUUUUGAUUUUUUUUUUUACUUAUUUUUAUUUAAUCAGAUUUGACUUUGUGUGUAAAUAAA